ACAGAGAUCCUCUCAGACUUUGUAGCCAUGAUAGGUGAAUUUGUCGGCACGACAAUGUUUCUCUUCUUCGCCUUUGCCGGUACACAAGUUGCCAAUAUCGGCACUGCAGAGACCACGACAACCACGAAUGCAACUAACGGCUUCUCUCCUAUCGUCCUCAUGUAUACCGCUGUGUCCUUCGGCUUCUCCCUCAUGGUAAACGUCUGGAUCUUCUUCCGCAUCUCCGGCGGCCUCUUCAACCCCGCCGUCACUCUUGCUAUGGUUAUGGUAAAGUCCCUAGAUUACGUUCGCGGCUCUCUUCUCUUUCUGGCACAAAUCUCGGGCAGUCUCUUGGCUUCAGUGCUUGUGAGGGCACUCUUCCCAACCCCAUUGAAUGUUCGCACGACAUUGAGCGAAGGGACGAGCAGAGCGAGAGGAGUCUUCAUCGAAGCCAUCUUGACCGCAGAACUGGUGUUUACAAUCUUCAUGCUCGCCAAGGAAAAGCAUAGAGCUACAUACAUGGCUCCCGUAGGCAUCGGCCUCGCCCUCUUCAUCGCAGAAUUGGUCGGUGUGUUUUACACCGGUGGCUCCCUCAAUCCAGCUAGAUCAUUUGGUCCUUGCGCUGUCACUGGUGUUUGGGAUACAAUAGACUGGAUUUAUUGGCUUGGCCCUGCAUUGGGAGCGCUUAUUGCGGUGGUGUUUUAUAAGUUUAUCAAGAUUUUGGAGUAUGAGAUUGCGAAUCCGGGCCAGGACGCUGCGCAUGAGGAUGAGCAGGUGCCUCAAAGUCGCGAUGGGUUUUUGAGGAAGAAGGAUGAGGAAGCGUGA